AAGACCUUCGAGAGACUUUGUCGCGACGACGCGACGCUACAAAACUUUGCGAUACGCGACAAAGAAACGAAGUCGCUCGCCAUAAUUCCGAAGCGUUAACAUAGAAAUACGUCGGUUACGAAUUAAAGAAAAGCGACGAUAUUUAAAACGUAGAUAAGAAACUGACCAAUGGAACGUCGCGUAACUUAAAAAAAAACGCUUCGAAAUUCGAGAACAGGGGAGAGAAGACGGUGACGUUCCACCCACGUGUCAUAAAGUUUGACAUUCGGGCCAAUGAAGUGAGCCGCUGGACGUCACGUGAGUUAAAAAGCGUGCAGCGUGUCGGACCGGGGUGAAAGUGGAUGGAGUCGUCGUCGAUCGGUGGAAAGUAAAAGCGUAACUGUUGUACGUCACAGUUUGAAUCCGGUCGCCGUUCCGACAUGACUAAUCCGUCCAGCAAUCUAAACGACUCCUUCCGUCCUUCUAGUGGAAGAGAUGCUUGGGCCCUCGCUAGUCCAGCUUUCGAGCGUCGAGACGUGGAGGAGGCCUUCGAAGACGAUGAGGAAGCCGUUCGAGACGUCAUUCCGGAACAGCAGAGAAGCGGAUGUUGGUACGGAUUCACGCGAGGUGUCAGAGGAUUAUGGUCAACGCGCCAAAUGGAAAAACUUGCAGGUGACAGAGAAUGGUACAUUCGGACGACGCUUCGAGAAUUAAUAAUAUAUCUUGUGUUUCUCAUAAUCCUUUGCGUCUUAACAUUUGGAAUGAUGAGUCCCGCAAUGUUUUAUCAAACUAAAGUUAUUAGCGAACUUUUCCUGGAUUCGACAUUUGAAGAUUCAACAAGUUCAAUGAAAACAUCUUCACAGAUUAAUGACUUUUGGAGGUUUGUAGAUAACGUAAUGCUAGAUAACUUAUAUUGGGAAAAUUGGUAUAAUAAGAAAGAAGCAAUCAAAGACGACAGAAAUAUUUUGUAUGAAAAUCGCUUGCUCGGUUCUCCGAGAUUGAGACAGUUGAGAGUGAGGAACGAUUCUUGUAACGUUCACGACAAUUUUAAAGCAGUUAUCAGUCAAUGCUAUGACGUAUACUCGCCACACAUAGAAGAUAACAGACCAUUUGGACUCAUGAACGGAACAGCUUGGGCGUACCAUUCGGAGAAAGAGAUGAAUGGUUCUAGUCACUGGGGAUUAAUAGCUACUUAUAGUGGAGCCGGAUCCUAUAUGGAUAUCGGAAUAACAAAAAAGACAGCUAAAGAAAAGAUGGACUUGUUACGACAGCAUCUGUGGGUCUCUCGGGCAACUCGUGCCAUAUUUUUAGAUUUUACAGUUUACAAUGCCAAUCUCAAUCUCUUCUGUGUUGUGAAACUAGUAUUUGAAUUUCCUGCUACGGGCGGAAUGAUUCCUUCUUGGAGUUUCCGAACGGUAAAGUUGCUUCGUUACGUCUCGACUGCCGAUUAUUUCAUUUUGGGUUGCGAAGUACUCUUCUGUUUCUUCAUUAUAUACUACAUUGUCGAGGAAUUGUUAGAGAUAAAAAAGAAUAAAUUAAGCUAUUUUAAAGAAGUUUGGAAUAUAUUGGAUGUUGUAGUUAUUCUUAUGUCCAUAAUAUGCAUCGCAUUCAGCGUUUACAGAACAGUUAUGGUCGAAAACUUACUUUCAGGAUUACUAGUGGAUCCCGAAUUAUAUCCGGAUUUCGAAUCUCUGGGAUUUUGGCAGACACAGUUUAAUAAUGCCGUCGCCUUAGCCGUUUUCUUUGCUUGGAUCAAAUUUUUUAAAUAUAUAAGUUUUAACAAAACAAUGACUCAGUUGUCGUCUACAUUAUCAAGAUGUUCCAAAGAUGUUGGAGGCUUUGCCAUUAUGUUCUUCAUUGUGUUCUUUGCUUUUGCACAACUUGGCUAUCUGUUGUUUGGAAGUCAGGUUCAAGCUUUCAGUUCGUUUGGGACUGCAGUAUUUUCCCUGUUGCGUUUAAUUUUGGGCGAUUUCGAUUUCGAAGAACUCGAAGCCGCCAACAGAGUUUUGGGUCCGAUUUAUUUCCUCAGCUACGUCUUCUUUGUCUUCUUUGUUUUAAUGAACAUGUUCCUUGCCAUCAUUAAUGACACUUAUGCCGAAGUAAAAUCAGAGAUUUCGCAAGACAGUAAUGAAUUUGAACUGGUAGAUUACUUCAAAAAGGGUUAUAAUAAUUUUCUUAGUAAACUCGGUAAGAGAGAUCAAAUUGCGGAUCUACACAAUGCCAUGAAAUUGGCAGACUCGGACGGCGACAACAAACUAUCGUUCGAGGAAGUGCGAAGAAAACUAAAACAACAAAAUUUCUCGGAAGCCGAAAUCGAAAUGUGGUUUGCAAAAUACGACAUCGACGGCAACAGACAGUUGGACGAACAAGAAACGAGGCAGAUGUUGGCCGACCUGGAAGGCCAGAAACUUCAAUUGGAUCGCGAGAUCGAAAAGGAACAGCAGAUGCCUUCGGAUGCCAGCCGUCCGGCCUCCGCCGUCGGCGGCCGUUCGGGAGUGUCUCUGGACGAUUUUCACGUUCUGUCACGUCGUGUCGAUCGAAUGGAACAUUCCAUCGGAAGCAUCGUUUCGAAAAUAGACGCAGUACUUGUAAAAAUGGAAUCUAUGGAAAGCGCCAAGACGAAACGCAGAGAUAAUAUGAAUAAAAUCUUAGACACAAUUUCCGAACACGACGGACUAGACGAGAAAGCCAAGCGCCAACAAAUGGAACAGUUGGUUCGAGAGGAGCUGCAGCGAUGGGAUUCCGACAUUUCUAUGAAUUCGCCUCGUUUUAAUGAAAAUAAUACAUAAAACAACGCCGAGUGCCCCGUUUAAAAUCUGGCACAGAGAAAGACCACUAUAACUGGAAAAAUUGCACACCGAGUUACAAUUACAAAGCUAGCACCAUCUUCACCAAACCAUCGUUUGGCAAAAUGAUUAAAUUUCGUCAAAGUUCGGUUUUAUUUACCAUCGGCCACAAGUUUAUUCUAUCGCUAGCAGUGUGCACUCGUAUUAAAAACAAUCCGUAUGAUUUAGAUGCAUUAACUAUGUAGCCAAAAUUCUAGUCGUCCUUAUUCUUUUAGUUGUAAAAACAUGAAUUUCAUAUAUAUACAUAUACAUACACACACAAUAUUUUAGUUAAAAUUUAUGUACUGCAAAUGUUUUAGCUCUAAAAUAUCAAUCAAAAGAUAGUAAGUUUUUGUAAUUAUUAACGAUACUUACAGAUUGGCGAUGACGCGUGGAAGUCCCGUAGGUUGCUCGUAAUGAAUUUAUCGAGAAUUCUUUCAACCAAAAUCGAGGACGAAGCAGAUUUAGCAACCAUCGGUCUAAGUUUCUGCCCCAAGUGUCUUUGUGAAGAUCCACGAGGAGAACGCGCGAUCGACCGGCGGUCGAUAAAUCUUCUUUGCCCUCGAUUCUAGUCGAAAGAAUUGUCGAUAAAUUCAUUACAAGCUACUUAUAGAUUAAUUCAUACUACAAAGUUUAGCUUAUUUUACUUAAAAAAUUACAUAAAAUUGAUGGAAAAGUAAGUUAUGCUCGAAUUAGUUUCAUAUGCAGCUUAGACAUAGUUGUCAACUUCAGACGAUAAUAAAACUAGGUUACAUUUUUUUUUUUAAUAAUUAUUUCAUUAGCCACCCUUAGAAAAUGUAUGAUGUCGAAAGUACCAAUAUGCAGCAAGCAUGCAGUUUAAUUAUAAAAACUUAAUUUGUGUUUAAUGCAUUGAACUAAACUCAAAAUUAUUAUUUAUUACAAGAACAUUUCUGAAUUCUAGCAACUCUUAAAAUUAUAAGAAAGAACUUAUAAUUUUAAAACAGUACGAAAUAUUGGAAAACAGUUUCAAUAAUUUCUUGAUCUAGUCAUUACUGUGGAAAACUGUAACCAGAAAAUUUUAAUGUAAACCAAAGAUGUCAUGUAAUUUAUGAUUAUCCAUUGAAAUAAAAAUGCAUAGUAAGGCAAUUUAAUGGUGUUACGGAUGAAUUAUUUAAUGACGACGAUGUAGAAAUGACAUAAAGAGAUCUCGUAGGAUUUUUGGGAGUCGUAU